UGCUGAAAACUCAUCCCCGUGUGACCUCAAGUAAGCCAUGUAACUCUGUGAACCUUCAGUUUUAUCAUUUUUAAAAUAAAGAAACAUGACAGAUUUUCAUUAUGACACAGAAUGUCAGGUCUCCCAGAUGCCAGAAAAUACAUUUACUUAAAGCCGUUGAUACGUCUUAAAGCAGUUUCCUUACAGUGUCAUUGGAGGACAGCGUGGAGUGCAGAGAGACAUGCUUUGAAAUGGGAUUGAUCCAGUCCUCCUUCCUUCACUACCACAUGAAUGCUGGGCAGCCCAGGGUCAACCCACUGCACCCUCAACUCAGACGGUUACCUGGCACGCUGGCCACAGUCUACCUCACUCUUAUCAGAGUCUGAGCUACUGGCAGUGCUUUCAGCUCUGAGUUCAGGCACCUCGAACCUUGUUUUUGUGGUGAAGGAUCCUAAAGUGCUGUGGGGAGUGAUCACAUUUUUCACAACAUCCCUGGCUCCACCUCUUCUGCCACAAACGUCAGCAUGGUGCUAUCAGCCGGCCCUUGGUCCAGCGAGAAGGCAGAGAUGAACAUUCUAGAAAUCAACGAGAAAUUGUGCCCCCAGCUAGCAGAGAAGAAACAGCAGUUCAGAAACCUCAAAGAGAAAUUUUUUAUAACUCAUGUGUCCUGCUUCCUGGCCAACCAGCAGAACAAAUACAAAUAUGAAGAGUGCAAAGACCUCAUAAAAUCUAUGCUGAGGAAUGAGCGACAGUUCAGGGAGGAGAAGCUUGCAGAGCAGCUCAAGCAAGCUGAGGAGCUCAGGCAAUAUAAAGUCCUGGUUCACUCUCAGGAACGAGAGCUGACCCAGUUAAGGGAGAAGUUACGGGAAGGGAGAGAUGCCUCCCGCUCAUUGAAUCAGCAUCUCCAGGCCCUCCUCACUCCGGAUGAGCCGGACAAGUCCCAGGGGCAGGACCUCCAAGAACAGCUGGCUGAGGGAUGUAGACUGACACAGCACCUUGUCCAAAAGCUCAGCCCAGAAAAUGACAACGAUGACGAUGAAGAUGUUCAAGUUGAGGUGGCUGAGAAAGUGCAGAAAUCGUCUGCCCCCAGGGAGUUGCAGAAGGCUGAAGAAAAGGAAGUCCCUGAGGACUCACUGGAGGAAUGUGCCAUCACUUGUUCAAAUAGCCAUGGCCCUUAUGACUCCAACCAGCCACAUAGGAAAACCAAAAUCACAUUUGAGGAAGACAAAGUCGACUCAACUCUCAUUGGCUCAUCCUCUCAUGUUGAAUGGGAGGAUGCUGUACACAUUAUCCCAGAAAAUGAAAGUGAUGAGGAAGAGGAAGAAAAAGGGCCAGUGUCUCCCAGGAAUCUGCAGGAGUCUGAAGAGGAGGAAGUCCCCCAGGAGUCCUGGGAUGAAGGUUAUUCGACUCUCUCAAUUCCUCCUGAAAUGUUGGCCUCGUACCAGUCUUACAGCAGCACAUUUCACUCAUUAGAGGAACAGCAAGUCUGCAUGGCUGUUGACAUAGGCAGACAUCGGUGGGAUCAAGUGAAAAAGGAGGACCAAGAGGCAACAGGUCCCAGGCUCAGCAGGGAGCUGCUGGAUGAGAAAGAGCCUGAAGUCUGGCAGGACUCACUGGAUAGAUGUUAUUCAACUCCUUCAGGUUAUCUUGAACUGCCUGACUCAUGCCAGCCCUACAGAAGUGCCUUUUACGUAUUGGAGCAACAGCGUGUUGGCUUGGCUCUUGACAUGGAUGAAAUUGAAAAGUACCAAGAAGUGGAAGAAGACCAAGACCCAUCAUGCCCCAGGCUCAGCAGGGAGCUGCUGGAUGAGAAAGAGCCUGAAGUCUUGCAGGACUCACUGGAUAGAUGUUAUUCGACUCCUUCAGGUUAUCUUGAACUGCCUGACUUAUGCCAGCCCUACAGAAGUGCUGUUUACUCAUUGGAGGAACAGUACCUUGGCUUGGCUCUUGACGUGGACAGAAUUAAAAAGGACCAAGAAGAGGAAGAAGACCAAGGCCCACCAUGCCCCAGGCUCAGCAGGGAGCUGCUGGAGGUAGUAGAGCCUGAAGUCUUGCAGGACUCACUGGAUAGAUGUUAUUCAACUCCUUCCAGUUGUCUUGAACAGCCUGACUCCUGCCAGCCCUAUGGAAGUUCCUCUUAUGCAUUGGAGGAAAAACAUGUUGGCUUUUCCCUUGACGUGGGAGAAAUUGAAAAGAAGGGGAAGGGGAAGAAAAGAAGGGGAAGAAGAUCAAACCCACCAUGCCCCAGGCUCAGCGGUGUGCUGAUGGAAGUGGAAGAGCCUGAAGUCUUACAGGACUCACUGGAUAGAUGUUAUUCGACUCCGUCAAUGUACUUUGAACUACCUGACUCAUUCCAGCACUACAGAAGUGUGUUUUACUCAUUUGAGGAACAGCACAUCAGCUUCGCCCUUGACGUGGACAAUAGGUUUUUUACUUUGAUGGUGACAAGUCUCCACCUGGUCUUCCAGAUGGGAGUCAUAUUCCCACAAUAAGCAGCCCUUACUAAGCCGAGAGAUGUCAUUCCUGCAGGCAGGACCUAUAGGCACGUGAAGAUUUGAAUGAAACUAUAGUUCCAUUUGGAAGCCCAGACAUAGGAUGGGUCAGUGGGCAUGGCUCUAUUCCUAUUCUCAGACCAUGCCAGUGGCAACCUGUGCUCAGUCUGAAGACAAUGGACCCAAGUUAGGUGUGACACGUUCACAUAACUGUGCAGCACGUGCCGGGAGUGAUCAGUCAGACAUUUUAAUUUGAACCACGUAUCUCUGGGUAGCUACAAAGUUCCUCAGGGGUUUCAUUUUGCAGGCAUGUCUCUGAGCUUCUAUACCUGCUCAAGGUCAGUGUCAUCUUUGUGUUUAGCUCAUCCAAAGGUGUUACCCUGGUUUCAAUGAACCUAACCUCAUUCUUUGUAUCUUCAGUGUUGAAUUGUUUUAGCUGAUCCAUCUGUAACACAGGAGGGAUCCUUGGCUGAGGAUUGUAUUUCAGAACCACCAACUGCUCUUGACAAUUGUUAACCCGCUAGGCUCCUUUGGUUAGAGAAGCCACAGUCCUUCAGCCUCCAAUUGGUGUCAGUACUUAGGAAGACCACAGCUAGAUGGACAAACAGCAUUGGGAGGCCUUAGCCCUGCUCCUCUCGAUUCCAUCCUGUAGAGAACAGGAGUCAGGAGCCGCUGGCAGGAGACAGCAUGUCACCCAGGACUCGGCCAGUGCAGAAUAUGAACAAUGCCAUGUUCUUGCAGAAAACGCUUAGCCUGAGUUUCAUAGGAGGUAAUCACCAGACAACUGCAGAAUGUAAAACACUGAGCAGGACAACUGACCUGUCUCCUUCACACAGUCCAUAUCACCACAAAUCACACAACAAAAAGGAGGAGAGAUAUUUUGGGUUCAAAAAAAGUAAAAAGAUAAUGUAGCUGCAUUUCUUUAGUUAUUUUGAACCCCAAAUAUUUCCUCAUCUUUUUGUUGUUGUCAUUGAUGGUGGUGACAUGGACUUGUUUAUAGAGGACAGAUCAGCUGUCUGGCUCAAUGAUCUACAUUCUGAAGUUGUCUGAAAAUGUCUUCAUGAUUAAAUUCAGCCUAAACGUUUUGCCGGGAACACUGCAGAGACAAUGCUGUGAGUUUCCAACCUCAGCCCAUCUGCGGGCAGAGAAGGUCUAGUUUGUCCAUCAGCAUUAUGAUAUCAGGACUGGUUACUUGGUUAAGGAGGGGUCUAGGAGAUCUGUCCCUUUUAGAGACACCUUACUUAUAAUGAAGUAUUUGGGAAAGCGGUUUUCAAAAGUAGAAAUGUCCUGUAUUCCGAUGAUCAUCCUGUAAACAUUUUAUCAUUUAUUAAUCAUCCCUGCCUGUGUCUAUUAUUAUAUUCAUAUCUCUACGCUGGAAACUUUCUGCCUCAAUGUUUACUGUGCCUUUGUUUUUGCUAGUGUGUGUUGUUGAAAAAAAAAAACAUUCUCUGCCUGAGUUUUAAUUUUUGUCCAAAGUUAUUUUAAUCUAUACAAUUAAAAACUUUUGCCUAUCA